AUGGAUAAAGAGAUUAUGGGCGUGUAUUACGGGAUACCGAGAAUGCUUCUACCGUUCUGUUUCUCGGCUCUCGUCUCGUCGUUAGGUGUAUCUCUUCAACCUUCAAAAAAUAUUCUGCUAUUGGUGUUCACCAUCUCAGGGUUCAUCUUGUGUGCUGGAAUACCAGUAAGUUUAAUAAUACACAAUUAUCGAUAUGUCCAGCUCUCGCAGGCGAUAUUGGCUGUUUGUUUGAUAUUCCAACUAGUCAGUGGUCUUAUAUGGCUUACUGAUUUAGUAGGCAUCGAUAAUAGCAAUGAUUUGAAUAGUUCUAAUGGACAUCAUAUUGAACAAGCCAUGGUCAUUCUAUUCAUUCUUAAUCAAAUCAUUAGUUUUAUUUCACUUACAACUAUUUUCAUGGAAAAAUUCAAUCAUUCAAAUGAUAUAAAUGAUCUUGAAAAUGAUAACAAAACCCUUGGUCAUGAAGAACAUUCACUUAAUCAAGAAUCAUUUGGUGUUACAAAAAAAAUAUCCGAACAAACAUUGGUUGAUCAACCAAUCAAGAAACAAAUGAAUUCAACCACAUACAAUGCUAACAAAAUAAAACAUAUUAGUGAAGAAUCAAAUCAAUUAUCUGCAUAUUCCGAUAUUAUCAAGUAUUCUAUCGAAGGAGCUUCUAAGGGUAUCCCUGAGGAAGAUCAUAGUAACUGGAUGGAUUCUGGUACUAAAUUACAUACAUUAACCCUUCCAACCCAUAUUACUGAGAUUGAAUUGCAAAAUAAACCAAAAUUGCAAGACAAUAAUCUUCAGAGAAAGCCAUCUUUCAAUAGACUUGGAUUAAAAAUUCUGAGUAGUACUGGCAAAAAAUCAUCAAAUAUGAAUAAUCUCAUUAAUACCGCUGAUAGUACUAAAAAUCUUCAUAUAUUAAACACAUCGAAAAGCGUUCCCAAUUUCCCAUCAAAAUUGAAUUCUACUUCAACCGAAGAUGACUUUAUUGAACUGAAAUCUUCAUUUAAAAACUUUCCAACCAAAUCUGUUAGUAUUGAGAGUAUUCCACAAUCCCCAAUUGAAGAAAGAACUAGAAGAGUAUCAUUGAUUGAAACUACUUCUGAUCAUUUAACAUCGGAUUUGAAUGCUUCUCAUGAGAAAUGUAUAGCAAACAUUAGGAAUCAUUCGAAAAUUGAAUCACAAGGUGAAUUACAUGUGAAACGAUCAAAAUCUACUAGUUAUAUUAGUGGGCGUCCAUGUAAAAUCAGAAGAAGUGAAGAACGGUGGAAAUCAAUUAAUGAUGAGAAAGUGUUUUUACUGCAAGUAAAUGAAUCUUUACUUCCUUCGGUAUUAAAAACUGGUGAAAGUCCCAUCAUGGCAUCAAAGAGGAGACAACAAGAAUUCUUAGAAAAUGAUGGCCAGAGUCCAUAUAUUUCUCAUGAAUUAAAUCAUUCAGUUUCACCAGCAAAGUCAUUGCCCAAUCGAAUUUUUUCAAAUGAAAAAAUUGAAGAUGAUAACGAUGAUGAAAACUUACCUUAUAUUGAUGAAUUUGAAGAAACAAUUGAUCAAACUGAAUUUUGUGACUUUACUCAAGAUACUUUAAUGAUUCAAAACGAAACAGCUACUAGUUCACCUCGAGGUAAAAAGAAACCAUAUAAGUUUGGAGGGUUCGAUUAUGAUACUCAUCAUGGAGAUGAUUUAGAUGGAUUAGAAACAAUACCAAAAUCUUCGACAAAAGAUUCACCUCUUUGGAAUAAAAAUGAGGGAAAUAUAAAGAAAUCAUACAUAUCUGCUGAAGAUUGGGAAAAUAAUGCAGAGAAAUGGAAUGAAAGUCGAAAAAGAAUUGGAUCUUCUACACAUGGAGGAGUGAAAUUAAUGAUCAAUGGAGGCGUAUAUACCCCUGAAGUUGGCAACCCCAAAUCAGAACGACCUCCAUUUUUGCUACUGAACAGAUCAUUUUCUGCGCCAUCAUUGCAUACAUUCAGAGAUGUAUCUGGAUCUUCUAAAUCAAGUGGUGAAGAAAAAAUCGCAACUAAUUCAACACAUUUGACUUCAACGGGAGAAGAAAGUUUGAGUAAAUGUAGAACACCAACUGAUCAAAUUGUCGAGAUAAAUGAACCUCACACCGGAGGUAGUUCUUCACCCAUCAAACGGUUUUUCCAAGAAAGUCCCAAGAGGUUAAGCAGUGCCUUAAGAAGACAAUCAACGGGGAAAAGACAAAGCUUUGAACUCGGCAAUAUCAAAGGAUUGGAAGCAGGAACUUUCAGUCAUAAACAUAACAGUUCACUAGUUUCUAAUCCUUAUUCAGUCAUUUCUGGAAUAUCAUCUAAAUCUGGCUCUCCUAAAAAGUCUUUUAAACAAUUCCUUAAUAAGAAUUCGUAUCAUAAAAAGCAUUCAUCUGUACCAUCCGUCAUAUUAGCACCUUCUUUGAAAGAAGAUCAAAUACAACCAUCUAGUUGGUACAAUAGUCCAAAACUUUACUCCUAUGAACAACUGGCCUUCGAAUAUCAUGGUCCCCAGCCUAUCGAUAUGUGGGAUAUGGACCUUGAAACUACAAGAAGUUCUAAUAAAUCAAGAGUAAGUUCAUUACCAGGUUCAGUUAUUGGAGAAUAUGAUAAAGAAAAAUGGAGAACUAUGAAAUCACUUCAAAAUAAUGAAACAGUUGCAUUGAAAUUAAAUACUAUCGAUAUUUAA